AUGGCUUCUUCCCUGUCUUCACACUUCGCACCAGUACCAUUUUCCCUGACGGAGCCCCCGCAGAGUUUCCGCCUGCUCGAGCUGUCGCCUGAACUGGUCGACAUCAUAGAGACCCAGAGGAAUGUCGCGAGCAAGAGGCGGAGACUGUGGUUCAAGGCCUCGACACGCGCUUCCUAUUCUGCUCCCACCUCUAGCCUGCGGGGGUCUUCGCAAUCGAUAGAGACGCGGGCAGGGGACGCGGACAGGGCGGGCUUCUUGCAUUUAUGCUCCGAAGAGAAGGUCUGGGCUGUCAAGCAGGUGAGCACGAGUAAUAGCGUGCAUAUCACGCAGUGGGUCUCGGCGGAGGACAUGCAGAGGCAGAGGCAGCAGCGAGCGGACCAAGAUGGGCAUGAGGAUGACGAUAUGUUCAUGACGGAGGCAGAAGGACAGGCUAGUGGAGACGGAGACGGGAAAGGCACCGAUUCCAGCGACGCAGACGCAGACAGAUUGGCGGACCCCGCAAGCAAUGGCGGCAUCACGGCGAUUGCCCAAGUCAAAAAUAUCCUCGAAAUCAUCGAGGUAAAACCCUCGGAAGGCGAUGUCGACAGAAUGCUCCGCCAGAUGGUGCCCUCGUAUGGCGAUGCAGAAGACGGGGAUGAUCAGCAUGUUGUUACUGCUGGUGCCCGUGGCGAAGGAUUAUCGUCGGACAAUCGAUCCGGACUAUCACUGCAAUAUAUCUUCGAGAACACCCCCGCGCCGACAAAGACCAUCUUCGAAGCGAUGAAUCGGCUGUUCAUUUUCGGGAUAUCAGCGUCGCCGGCGGAACCUGCGGAGGAGGGCGCAGGGCAUGGGCAACAACAAGAACAAGAACAAGAUCGCGGUGUCGCGUUGUUCAUCCCGACCACAGGCCUCCUCCUCAAGUGCUGGAGAGUCUUCAUGCAACAAUGCGCCAUCUCGGAAGUUCAUCUGGAUGGACGGGCCGGCGCGGGUGUGGAGUAUAGAGAUCUACACGGACUCGUGGACGAGAUUGUGGAGUUGUGUCGUCCACAACCCAACCCGGAAGCAGAGCUACAGACGAACGUCAUCGUCGCGAUACUCCGACACCUCUCUCUCGACGUGGGAGACUAUGCUCGGUACGCGUCAACACCGAGUUUCCACCUUCCCCCAGAUGCAGAUCUCGACGCACUGCGCGAGGAAUUGCCCAGCGGCCAAGAUGAUGGUGAUGCUACCAACGACGCGACCACCACCACUACCACGAGGUUGACGCUCGAUCCCAUCAAGACACGCGACCUCGUAGGCCGUUGGCUGCUACACUCUCUGAGUGUGCGCGGCGACACACAAUCCAUCGGCCUCGCGCAGUUCCUCAUGCAGUGGGGCGAUCUGCUUCCCGAGUCGUGGACGCGAGAGCGUGAGUGUGAUGUCCACGCCUUGCUCUCGGGCUCCGGCUUCCCCGAACCUGAAUGGGAGAUCGGCAAGGAUGCCACACAUGGGGAAGAGAUCCUCAGACGGGUGGGCAGAAGCCGUGACGACGCAGACGCUUCGAGUGCCACUCAGGCCGACCGUGUGCGUGUGCAAUCGCACACCGAGGCCCGCAAGAGGGGGAAGUGGCAUGAGAAAUUCGGGGCGCAGAGAAACGCUGCGUUGAAGAAGUGA